GCCGGAUGAUGGUGAGCUUUGGCCACAAUUGAAUUUGAUUGGCAGGGUAAAAGUUUCCUUAUGUCUAUGUGUAUCAGCGGAUCCAUACUCUACUGAAUAUGAAUAUGGUCAAGUAACUCUAGAUUCUGAAGCAAAAUUGAUGGUUUGCUAG